AUGGUGGAGGAGCGACACGCAGCAGCAGAGCGUUUACAGAUCAGCAGGGACUGAAUACUGCACUGUUCAUAAUGAGGUCACGUUGAUCCUGCCGUCUCGUCCAUCAUGAGCGGGAAGAGCCUCCUGCUGAAGGUGAUCCUGCUCGGCGACGGCGGCGUGGGCAAGAGCUCGCUGAUGAACCGCUACGUGAGCGACCGCUUCGACUCGCACUCCUUCCACACCAUCGGCGUGGAGUUCCUCAACCGCGACCUGGAGGUGGACGGCCGCCCGGUCACGCUGCAGAUCUGGGACACGGCGGGUCAGGAGCGCUUCCGCAGCCUGCGCACGCCGUUCUACCGGGGCGCCGACUGCUGCCUGCUGACGUUCGCCGUGGACGACGCUCAGAGCUUCCACAACCUGGGCGCCUGGAAGCAGGAGUUCAUGCGCUACUCGGACGUGCGCGAGCCGGACCGCUUCCCCUUCGUGGUGCUCGGGAACAAGGUGGACAAGACGGAGGAGGGCGAGCGGCAGGUGGGCGAGGACGAGGCCAGGGCCUGGUGCCAGGAGAACGGGUGCUGCCCGUACUUCGAAACCAGCGCCAAGGACGAUACCAACGUGAGCGCCGCCUUCGAAGCCGCCGUCCGCGAGGUGCUGGCCAGCGAGGACCACGUGGAUCACGCCUUGCUCGGUAGUAUGAUCGACCUGCACGGGAAUCGCAAGGCACCGCGUUCGUCCUGCUGCUGAAGAUCUCGCUGUGUUGCGUUAUUGUCCUAGUUUUAACCUCGCUAAGAUAACUGGUACGAUAAGGGCACUGGUUCUGUCUUUACUGGGUUUACAUAGGUACAGUUGGUACGUAGACUGGUGCAGUGUGUUACUGGUGCAGUAUUUGAAGGGUUCCUACGGUACAGAAUAUUUCCGGUACCCCCCCCCCCCCCCCCCCACACCCGCAAUUUAGUCGUAUCCAAUUACCCGGUCGCAUUUCACCUCCUGUACUCCUGCUGACCUCCACUCCUGACUGAAGAGGGCUGUAACUAACACCCUCCCCCUCCGACACUUGUCCAGUAGCGCCACUUAUUUUCACCUGGAGAUCCGUAUCGCGCACGGAGAGUCAUGCACCGACCUCUGUGCAGCGCCAGCCUGCGCGUAGCAGAGAGAUUCGAACUCGCAGCCUUCGAGAUCUCAGAGACAUCAUGCUAAUCCUAACGCUUUUGACGAACCCCCGAAUGUCCGUAUGAGCGCAACGCCCUAAAAGCCGCCCCAUGUUAGUGGGUACAACGAGCAGGAGGAACUGACUGUACGAUGGUGCGCUAGUUUCAGCCCUGAGACGUGUCUGGGUUUUUUUUCAGUCACAGAGCCGCCGCGAUGUUCCUGGCGCUCUCGGUUCCUCAAAACACGCAGAUGUCCGCGCUCGGCUUGUCAGCGGUUUACGUUUGUGUUUCCUGUUUUUAUUGAGUUUAAUGCAGGUUUAGAUUUAAUUAAUUUAUUUUUGUAUGUUUGUGUUUGAUGUUUUUGAUGUUGGAACUCGUUUAGAUUUAGAUUUUUGAAGCCAUAACAUUAAAACCACCUCCUUGUUUCUACACUCACUGUCCAUGUU